GUAUAUAUAUCGCACAUGUAUUUACAGCUGUGCUUUCUCUAUCGUGUUUUGUACUUCUGGUCUAACUAAUUAACAUCAAAGUCGAAUUCCAUCAAGUAAAAUGUCCUACGGCGGUGGUUACAAUCCUUAUGGACAGCAAGGUGGUGGCUAUGCUGCCCCUCCAGGAGCCUUUCCACCCCAAAACGCACAAGUUUCACCACAAGCUCAUCAAUGGUUUGCCAUGGUGGACAGGGAUCGUUCUGGUCAUAUUAAUUCCACAGAAUUAAAGGCAGCUUUGAUCAAUGGGCGUGGCCAAAAUUUCUCGGACAACGCAUGCAAACUGAUGAUAAGCAUGUUCGAUAACGACGCUUCUGGCACCAUCGACGUCUAUGAAUUCGAGAAGCUCUACAACUACAUAAAUCAAUGGCUGCAGGUGUUUAAGACCUACGAUAAGGAUGGCUCCGGUCACAUUGAAGAGAGCGAACUGACGCAAGCAUUCACACAAAUGGGCUUUCGCUUUACGCCGGAAUUUAUAAACUUCCUGGUGAAGAAAAGUGAUCCACAGAAUCAUAAAGAGGUGUCUGUGGAUCAGUUCAUAGUACUCUGCGUGCAGAUACAGCGCUUUACGGAGGCCUUCAGACAACGUGAUACCCAGCAGAAUGGAACAAUUACCAUUGGCUUUGAGGAUUUCCUGAGCGUCGCCAUUGGCUGUUCUUAUUAAAGAUGACUUGAACUAUUUGAAACUCUUAUGACCACUCUUGCACACACGCACUCUCAGAGCCUUUUGAAGAUAACUAAAUAUUCCGUUUACCUUUGGUGCAUUUGGUUUAAAAUCUAUCGUUAAUUCCCCCCGCUCGCCAAUCACAUCGUAAUCUCUGACACAUCGAGUAUUGUUAAUGCAGUUAUAAAGUACAAAACAGCAUAUUAAAAUCAAAUAUAUAUUUAUAGUUGUAAAAGCAAAAAAUGAUCGUAUUUUAUUCAAAGUGUGAGAAUAUAUAUAUGUGUAUGUGUAUACAGAUUAAUGAUAAUACAUGUCUUAGCAGAUUUUCUCUUCUCUUUUUCUGACAGUUUGACUGCCAACAAAUUCUUUAAAAAUGUCUUCAUGGAGAAAUUUCAAUCCAUUCGUUGGAAAAUUUUUUAUCAUAAUAUUUCUACUCAAAAUGGCAGUUAAAAUAUAUAUAUGCAUAUUUAAAAGUUUAUAAAAAUACAU